UGGCUGCGAUGCAAGAGUAGAGUGCGUAGCAUUAAAAGUGUAGCAAUGAUGUACAGUAGGUUAGUGCUACAACUAAUAGCAAUAUAGCCUAUCCAGCUAACAUGCGCUAUCUAGACUAGACCCAAUGCCCAUCACGACGAGAAUCCGUGGACGAUAAACAAGGAAAUGUACUGACUACACAUAGACUUGCUCGCAAGCAGACAUCAAGCAUAUCUGGUGUGAUGCUUACUAGCGCGUAAUUUAGCGUCGACAUUUCUAAGCAAGCUAGCCAACCUUAAAGCUGUCAGCUUUAGUUCGGAUGGGAAGUAGGCUAAAUUGAUGUUCAGGCAUCUGCUUUAUCAACAACUAAAUCAGUUGGUUACUAUGGCUAGCUACUGUAUUGUAGCCUAGCUACAGGCUCUGACGGUUAGCAGAACUUGGCUAGCGCUAGCUAUCUAUCAUGUAGAAGCUACGUCACUACUAUCCUAGAGAUACAUGCUAACUGCAGUAGCUGACAAGCUAUAUAGCAGUAGCAAAGUGAGUUGGCCUAGCUGACUACAACUAUCUAGCAGUGGGGUAAGAAACUGAGUUAGCUGACUAAAGCCAAGGAGUGGGGUAGUAUGGAUGCAGUUCCCUACAGCUGGACCAGAACCAGGGCCCAGGAAUCGUUCCGUGGCUCUCUGCCCCCGGGGGGGACUCUGACCAGGCUUGCCCAGCUGGUGGCCCAGGCGGAGCACGACAGCUCCCUCGCCGCCUCCCGCACCAGUGCAGAAUGCAGCCAGGGCUUCCCUGACAUGGCAGAGCUGUGCCAGCACCAUCAGGAGGGCCACUCCCUGCCCAAGCCCCACCAGUGUUUGUCCUGCGGCAGGGGCUUUUCUCUGCUGUCGUCCCUACAGCUCCACAUCUGCCUGGAGGAACAGACCGGUCUCCCUCACUCCCCUCCCCCGAGCUCUGGUCUCCCUCACACCCCUCCCCCUACCGCCUCUCUCCUACAGUCUCCUGCCCCUGCCUCCGCCCCUGACUCCGAUGCAGGGCCCCCUGACUCACCUGACCCUGACUCACCUGACCCUGACUCACCUGAUCCUGACUCUCCUAACCCUGACUCACCUGACCCUGACUCACCUGACCCUGACUCUCCUGCCUCGGUCCAGUGCCCCCACUGUGAAAGGAGUAUCCGCUCCUCGGCAGGCUUGUCCUCCCACCUGAGGAGCAACCAUGCCAGCGAGUGGAUCCUGGAGAAGAAGAGGAAGAGCAGGGGCCCUGGUGGGCGGGGGGGGCGAGGAGGCGGGAGGGGGAGGGGGGCAGGGAGGGGUGGCGGUAGGCUGCCAGGAGUCUCUCUGGACAGACAGAAGGUGCUGUCAUGCCGCUCGUGUGACAUGGUGUUUGUGAGCACAGCCAAGCUGUACCUGCACAGGAAGGAGAAGCACAGCCGGGAGCCGGCUCUGCGCUGGGACGCGCGGCCGCUGGCCAGCAAGCGCAGGAAGGGGGAGACCUACGCCUGCUCCACCUGUGGGAAGGUCUUCCUGCACCACCUCUCUCUCCGGGCUCAUGCCAAGCAGCACAGCAGCCAGGCCCAUGACAGCCCCAGGCUGGCAGAGAGGAAACCUGGCCCUUGUAGAGACCCCCCGCUGGGGGAGGGGAGGCGGAGGGGCCGAAGACCAAGGGGCCGAAGGCCGGGCGGGAGCGGGCCGGGGAGGCCCAAGAGAGAGCAGGGCCGGGAGGAGGAGGAGGAGGAGGGAGAGUUCCCCUGCCCGUCGUGUGCGGAGGUGUUCUCCCAGAGGGCGUCGCUGCGGGAGCACGCGGAGCUCCACCAGGCAUCGGUGCGGCGUAGGUGCUGCUGUGUGUGCAGCCAGGACAUGGAGGUGUGCAGGGGCCCUGGGGCCCGCAGGCAAAGGCUGUACCACUGCAUGCCCUGCCAGCAGCCCUUCUGCUCCCUGGAUGCCUUCCUGCUGCACUGCCAGGUCCACCUGCUGGCCAGGGUGGAGGAGGAUGAGCAUGCCACGCCCACACACACACACCUCUACAAGGCCUGACUGGACACACACUUCUACAAGGCCUGACAAGUCUGUCAUGUCUUCACUUUGAUUGCCUUAUUCCCUAACCCUAACCUUAUUCCAGAACAGAGAUUAGGGUAGGUUUGGGGGUAGAUCUGGGGGGAGGAUAGGUUUGGGGGGAGGGGGUUGUUAAGGAUCAUGUUCUGGUUUGUUACUUCUUUUUUAUAGUUCCCUAUCCAGACUACUUCCUUUCCCCAUAGGUGCAGUUUGAAUGUAGUGUAUCUCUAUGGUUAGAGACAAGGCAGUAUCUCUAUGGUUAGAGACAUGCAGGGAUGCAGAUGAAGCUGCUGAUUGUAGUGUUGCUCUAGUUCAGCUGUCUCCAUCCUACUGUUGUGGUGCUGUUGAAUAUAACUUAGAUUCAGCAACACUGCCUCUCUCAUUCCGCUCUAGAUAGACCCUGGAAUCCCAUCUAGCUAUGCAAUAACAAGCAGGAGUUGCUUGAUAAUCCUUUUAGAUCCUUCUCUAUGGUUUCCCUCUAUGGUCUCUUACUAUUACCGUGAACAUGUAAUAAGAAUGAGUAGAAACUCUAAUGAACAAUUUCCACUUUGGAAGGCGCUUUUGUAUGAGUUUUGUGGUGGUGGUGUUAUUUUUUUUUUUUUAA